AUGUCAGAAUCUGAUUCCGGAUCAAGCGAUAAAUUGUUAGCAAUUAGCGAUGAACAGAUGGACGUCGACGAAACAUCUUCAAGUAGUGAUGAUGUUACCAAUAGUGAAGUCACUUCAUCAAAGGAUCAGGAGGAAAUGAUGGAAACUAACCUUAUAAAGGUGCGCAAGUCUGCAUCUACGAAUACUAAAAACUCCAAUAAAUUGCCAUAUAAUGCAGCUGGUCGUGGUGUUAGUAUUGCUGUAUUGAUUAAAGAUGGUAUCUUGAAGCCUCGAAAGAAAUGUCUUUCACUUGAAUAUUUGAAAAAGACAUUUUAUGGUGACCUGUUGCCCAAUGGAAAAAUUCAAUCUUCGACAACUGAAGAUAUAUUUAAUUCUCCUUCAGCCUGGGCUAUUCAUUGCAAACGUUUAGUAAAUCCUGCAAAAAAAUCGGGCUGCGGUUGGGCUUCUGUAAAAUAUAAUGGUGUAAAAUUAGACGAAUUCAAAGCGACAUGGUACAAAAAGAAAAAGCUAUCUUGUGGCAUUCCAGUAUCGGAGGCUGAAUCUCAAAUCAAGAUGAUUAGAAAUGAAAUUAUGCAUGAUGACAGUAGUAAUGACAGGCUUAGUCCACCCACUUCUGAAGUUAGUUCAACGCAGUCAAGUUUGCCAACUCUAUCUCCAGUAUCUACACCGAAAGGAAAGAGAUCUGCAAGAAAAAUCAAUAGUGAGAAUAGCAACAAUAAGGAAUCAAAGAAGAAGUUUGCGUCUAAAAUUCGAUAUUCACAAAUUAAUAAUGAUACACCAGCUGAUACGCUCAUUGAAUGUGUCCAUUUCAGUAGCAUUGGUAAAUUGCAGCCUUUCUCUGUUUCGAUUUCCAGUAACGCGAUGUUAAUAAUGGAUUUACAUUGCCAUUUAACAACCAGCGAGGUGGUGGGCUAUAUUGGUGGAAAAUGGGAUCCUCAAACACAAUUCUUGAGAGUAUUGCAAGCAUUCCCUUGCCGAUGUCGUUUAGGUGAUAACAAUAUAUCAGCAGUAGUUCAGGAGGAGAUUCAAAAAUCUAUGAAAGCUCGUGAUAUGAUUUUAGUUGGCUGGUAUCACAGUCAUCCUACUAGUCAACCCAAUCCAACCGUUCAAGACCUUAGUACGCAAAAGCAGUUUCAAUCAGUGUUACGUACUGAUGAUAGCACACAGGAACCCUGCCUUGGAUUAAUAAUUUCACCAUUUUACACGAAUAGAUCGCAUGUUGAUUCAGGCGUAUGUAGUUAUUGGGUAUAUUCAACAAACGAUUCUGAGAGUGUUAUUAAUGGAUCAAAAAUGCCUAUGCAUGUUCAUUAUACACUGUCACAAGAUCGAUUUCUUACACAGGAUGUUCUAAAUGAAGUAAAACACCUUGCGGCAUUUUAUAAAGGUGCCCCAGACUAUGCCAAUUUUGAAAGUAGUUGGCAUGGUUCGAUGACCUACAUUGAAAAGUUAAAGGGAUCGUUGGCAAAGAAACUUCCGAAAGAUCAAGGAGGAUCGUUGCUUUUAGAAAUAAUAGAAAGUAUUUUAUUGUAA